GAAAAGUGUGAGAUGACAGAAGUUAAGCAACGCAGAAGAUAUUUCAACAAGGAUGGGUGACCAGAUUUAUGUGUUUCAUUCAUAUUCAUUGCGAAAUGGGUCCAAAAUUAAUGCAAAAGUGUUCUCAAAACUGCAAGGAACAAUGUGAAUUUUCAUUAUUUAUCACAAUUUUGAAGCUUAUAUUGACUGAUAACGAGAAAAACCGUGGAUUUGAGGACAUUGCACUGACUUUAACAAUCGAUUCGAAUAUAAUUAAAAUUGACAAUAUUCAAAGCUCCGAUGAGAAUGUGAAUAUCCAACGAGAAGUUAAUUUCCAAACUACACCAAAUCAUUUUUCUCAGAAACUGCGAAAGUCACCAAUCAUGAUGAAUCUGGCCAGAGAAUGUAUGGAUUUAGGAACAGUGAAACUACAAAUCACUGAUUGCUUUGCAGAUGCUGUUCUAUGUGACGACUUUACAUCUGAACGAAUUAUUUGCGAUUACAAAUUUAAAAAAGAUGAAGUGGAAAAUGCAUCAAUGGAAAUAUCCCUUCAGACAGUCCGUAAAUCUAUUGAUAACGAUGGAAUUAAAGAUUUUCUUCGAGCAAAUGCAAAACGACGAGAACGGAUGAGAAAUAAAGCACACACAGUUAUUCCAAAAGUGGAUUCAUCAGUAGGCUCAGAUGAUACAAUUUCAAGCUUCAUGUGUGAUGCGGAUUUGUUAAAGGAAUUAUGUCCUUUAGAAGAUAAAACAUUUCAUUCAUUUUCAUCAAAAUCAAAGCAUUCUAAAGCUUCAAAGUGCCUUAGUGACAUUGCUGCAUCCUUGGAUAUAAAUAAAUGCUCAAACGUUCAAAAGACUUUUUGUCGUGGGUGUCGAGGACUUUCUAUAUCUGGCAUAACAUGUGAUAACAAGAUGCGUGUGUCAAAAAAAGAUUCGAGAGAUUUAAAAAACAGCAAGAAUAGUGAAAUCUUUAUCCGACCUCUAAACAGAAUUUGUUCUGAAUGCUUUGCAAAUUUAUCGAUUCUGCCUCAGGAUGCUCCAUGUCCGAAAUGUUCAUGCAUCAAAAAGCCACAAAAUGAAGAUAAAGCUCCGAAAUUAAAAGCAACGAAUGCUGACAUUUCAUCCAAUUGUAUCAAAAAGAUUUUCAGAGAUAUUUUGAGCGGUGAGAAAAGGACAUGCAAGAAAGGAUUGCAAACUGAUUCAGAAUUGAAAUGUAAAUCUAGAAAGAAGCAGAAACGAAAAGGUCAUGGGAAAAGCUCAAUGUUACCAAGGUGCUCAAAAGUAAAGAGACCAAACAAAGUAUCAAAUGAUUGUAAGAAGAGCUUGCGAAUAAAACAUUAUGGUGUAGUACUGGGACAUGAGAGUUGCCAAAGUGAUGCUUUACUUGUUCCAAAAAAUAUGGGAUGGCUAUGGAAUGUUGAAAUUCCUGGCAUUACAAACAUUCGACGAGGAUGGAGGCCUGGUGCAGUUCCAAAGUCUGUAGCUAGAAUGAUGAAGCACUUUUUGAAAAAAGAAUCACAACCACCAGCUGAAGGAAGCUUUAUUGCGAACAAGAAUGAAUGUUACACACCAUCGGUUCAGGUUGAGAAGAAACUUGCCAAAUAUAAAAUUACUUUGAAUCCAGUAUGCAAUAAAUCAUUCGGAGAUGUUUCACCAAUUGUUUUCAACAUAUCCAAGUAUGAUGAUAUGACGCUUCGUCUUGAUGCUAAAAAGAUGCUCAAAAGUCGUGGGAUUACAAAAACAUGUAAAUGCCGAAAUAUAUGUGAAUGCUCAUGUAUUGACGAUUUCAGUAGAAAGCGAUUCCUUUACGAGCUAGAAACAAUUUGUCAAGUGAUGAAAAUAAAUCCGCCAAUGAAAUAUGAGGAUCUGAACGAUAUAAGCGAAUGUAGUGAAAUUGAUUUCGAAUUUACGCCACCUUUCAAAAUGAUGAAUAAAUGUAAACGUGACGUGAGAAUGUCAGUUGCUACGACACAAUAUGAGGAACCAUCUUUCGAGAAAUUUGAGGAGACGGAGGAAUCAUCAGAACAUGAUACUGUGGUAAAGAUGAGAAAAGUUAAGAAAAAUGUCAAGGCAAAGUUGGGCAAGGAUAAAAAGAAGAUUCAAAAGUCUUUAGGGUCGAGCAGAAGCAAGCCCUCUGAAAUUCUCCGUGACAUAAAACCAAAACAUUGUUGUAUAAGUUACUGUAGACCAAAUUUAGAUGCUUUCCAGUGUGAAAUUGGUGACCAAUCAACAACAAAUUAUAAUCCAUUAUAUCUUCGUUGCUUACCAAAUUAUCCAAUAUGUCCACCUCGGCAAACAAACUGUCAAUGGAAUAGUUGCUAUAAUAAUAAGAACUGCUGAGCUUUUUCGAUAAAAUUUUAAAUUUAUUUUUGUGGAAUUAAACUAUCUAAAAUUAAUUCAGAAAUGC